CAAGGCGAAAGAUUUGGAAAUCCUCUUCCGUAAUGCAGAUAACCAUCUAUUGUUUAUAACAAAACCUUUAUUUCGGUAAUAAACUUAAGAUUUUGGAAAUUUAAAGCCAUUUUUAUAAUCAUUUUUAAAUUCUGCGCGAAAACAGCUCGCCGUGUCAUGGCGUCGUGUGUGACGUCACACUUACGUACGUCAAAUUUGUUUACUUGCAGCUAGACAGCAAAGUAAACAAACACUGCGUAUUUUUUGUGUUAAAAAUGAAUUCCAAAGUUUAUAAGUGGUGUGCAGUGCCUCAGUGCAAAAAUACAUCUAUAACGACACCCAACAAGGUGUUUGUACAUGUCCCAUACAAGAAAAUAAUAAGACAUAAAUGGUUAAAGCUUGCACGGCGAAACCCGAACGAUGUAAAGACAAAUUCGCCACUUUAUUUCUGUGAAGAUCACUUUGAUUUGCCAAAUGACAUGGAAAAUUUUAUGGAAUACCAUGUGAUGGGGUCGGUAUCACAAGUACGUAUGAAACCAGGAUGUAUGCCCACAAAAUUUACUUGCCAACCAGGCAGGAAAACACACACAAACACAACAGAGCGACCCUAUAUAGCUAAAAAACGAAGGAUGAUGAUUCUUGAGGAGUGUGAAAAGCAAUUUGAAGAAAGUACUAUAGUUGAAGAGCCAUCAAGUUCAAAAGAAAUUGCAUCUUGUAGUUCAGUUCAGCAGAUUGUUGAAGAAGUUCCCCAAUUACUACCAAGAAUGUUGGAUAAAGCAAUUCAAGUACACAUAUGUAAAACAUUUAGAAGUAAAGCUAACCAAACAAAAGUUAAUUUGGUAAACCAGAUGACAUCACCCUUGAAGCCGUAUCUACAUUCUGUUUCUACAUCACCAUUUAAAAUCAAGCAUGAUGUUAAUAACCCAUCAAGACCAAGUAUAAAUGUUUUGAGUAAAAUAGUCAAACAAAAAGAACAAUCAGACAGUGAUACUUCUUACACUCCCUCUGAUGAGCCGUCAUCAUCCAUAAAAUCUCUUCAUAUGGAGUUUACAUCUGACUGUAGCGAGAUGCUAGAGGAUGACAAAAGGACAGAAGAUUUAAACACUUUGGAGUGCACUUUGAAGAAGAUUAAAAAGAACCCCCGUUCUUAUAUUGGCAUUCCUUUAAAUUGUUAUUAUUUAGUUAACUUAAUUUCAGAACAGACAGGCAUACCGUUUAACCAUAUUUUACUCUGUCUAAAAAAAAUUAGGUUGAACAAUUCAUUCCGUGAACUUGCUGAUGACUUCGGCAUUGAUAGAUCUUAUCCAAGCAAAAUUUUCUUUAAAAAUGUACCUCUUAUAGCAAGUGUAAUGCGUCCUUUUAUUGUGUCACUAGAUAAGGAGUUGAUAAAAAAAACGUUACCUAUGGCUUUUAGGCAUAAAUAUCAUACAGUGAGUUGUAUAAUAGAUUGUUUAGAAAUCGAAGUACAAAAGCCUUCGAAGGCCUUAAAUCAAGCUCUUUCCUGGUCUGAUUACAAGAAAGCCAACACAAUUAAGUACCUCAUAUCUUGUACCCCUAAUGGUUUAAUCAAUUAUAUUUCAUAUGGUUAUGGAGGCCGAAUAACAGACACAUGCAUUGUGGAAACUUCAGAUUUCUCAAAAUGUUUGCAACCUAAUAUGUGUGUUAUGGCAGAUAGAGGAUUUAAACAUGUGGAAGUGUAUUUACGUAAAAUGGGUGUGCUAUUAGUACGGCCUCCAAGUGUUGUAUCUGGAGCCAAGUUAACAAAAGCUGAAGCCAAAGAAACUAAACAAAUAGCUAGCUUACGUAUUCAUGUUGAACGGGUAAUACGUCGAUUACGUGAAUUCAACAUGUUAAAACCACAUGCAUGUCUUAACUUAAGUUUGGUUAAAGUUCUGGAUGAUGUAAUAACUAUAGCCUGUGGUUUAAUUAAUAUACAAGAUUCUCUUAUUAAAUAAAACAAUAA